UUGCGAGUAAAUCCUUAGCAGGUGACAGAACUUUCAUGGAGGUGGUAAAAAUCAAUAUUAUUCCAGUUUCAAGCUUUCGUCGAGUUGCAAGCUUGUUGAAUAGAAUCGAACUCAUCGGUAGGGAGAAUCCGCGGGGGAAAUCACUGGCAAUUACCAUCACACUCCAGUCGAUGCAAUGAAUCCCGUUCCGAGUCGCGAAUUCCUGGAGGUCCAUCCGCUCCACCAACAUCAGCCGCACUGCAAACAGCAAUGCUUUGUGUUCACGGAGAUAGCGGACAUCGAACUGCCCGCUGAGAUAACUAAGUUCGGAGGCGGAAACGAGAAGAUCAGGUGCUCCAACGGUGGCAUUCCCACCUACAGUUCCAAGAAGGAUUCCUGCAGCGAGUCCUCGGGCGAGCGGCCGGAGAGAUCCCGUGGAAGGAAGAUUCUACUCGGUGUGGGUUUGGUUUUAAUAUGCAUCGCCAUGGCUGGUGGAAUUCCGCUGGCCCUCCAACUGCGCUCCUCGUCGCUCCUGGAGGCACGACUUGCCUUCAUCCGCCGCCUGCUGACGGAAUCGCCUUUGAUCGAAGGUUCCUGGAAGCCACCAAGCACCAUGAAUCUGAAUAGCACUAACCUGUUCGAGGUGCGACAAAAUCACAUUGGUGCUGUCCUGUGGCCCAUUGCCGUGCCAUGUGGAGCCCAGUAUCUGGAUGCAGUGCAGCUCACACUGGAGGGCAUUGACAAGGCCAAGCGGAUAACUGCCGCCACGGACUCCAUGCACAUUGUGGAGUCAGCGGAGGAGAUGGAACAGACCCACAUUCGUGGGGAGGUGGCGGUCCUUAUGGGAAUAAGUGGCGGUCAUGCUCUGGGCACCAGUACAGCCGUUCUGCGAUCCAUCUACCUGCUGGGCGCUAGAUUCGUAUCCAUAACGAGCUUGGAGUGCACCACUCCUUGGGCAGCGGCAGCCAUCCGAAGACCCGAUUAUCUCGUUGAGGAGAACGUGACGAAUUCAUUCAACGAAUUCGGACAGACCAUGCUCUUUGAGAUGAAUCGAUUGGGAAUGCUUGUAGAGAUUUCAAUGCUCAGUGAGGCUGCUAUGUUGGCUGUCUUGAAAACCGCCAAGGCUCCAGUUCUUCUCACAAAUGCCACACCACUUUCCAUGUGCAAUAGUAGCAAUAUAGCUUCCAUUCCCGAUCAUGUUCUCAGCCUAUUGCCUGAAAACGGUGGAGUAAUUUUACUUAAUCUGGAGCGCUGUGGAGAUCGAACACUGGGCGUUCGAGAGGCCAUCACUGCCAUCAACUAUGUUCGCAAAGUGGCCGGUGUGGAUCAUAUUGGUUUGGGUGGAGCUCCAAAGAGUUAUGCCCUUUUGCUUGCUGAAUUGGCGAGGGACAGGGUGUGGGGCAAUGCGGCAAUAAAGAAGCUAGUUGGCGGUAAUGUGAUGAGGAUUCUGCGUGAGAUCGAGACCCUGAAGAACCGACUGCCUUUGUACGAAGAAUGGAUUCCUCACGAAUCGAUUGAAAGCAAUUCCUAUUGCCGCUAUCCGGAGUCUUAAAAUCAGCUAAAUCGAUUGGCUCAAGCGUUUGUUCUAACAUAUUUACCAUAAUAUAUAAUUAAAUUAUUAAAGUACAAUCGACUUGGUGUAGAGUUAAACAAAACGGAAAUUGGUAAGUGCCAAUAUUGAUAGAACCGCAAGGAAGAGUAUUUCACCA